AUGGUCAGAGGCAUUGGGGACGGUGGCAUCAUUGAGAAGGCUGAGGCUGUGGUCAUCGCUUCCUCCGAGCACGAGUGGCAAGACGAGGACUUUGAAGAUGGAACUUGUCUCUUGUCAGACUGCACCAACACGGCUCAAGCGAACGGCUUCUGCUACGCUCACGGCGGAUAUCAGGUGUGCUAUGCUCUUGGUUGUAACCGGAGGGCUGCUGUACGA